AUGGAGCCUUACCUACUCACCGCAACUGAGUGUGUCGAAAAGUUCAAAGACGGCUCUUUAACAGUAGAGGCUUAUGCGAGAUCCUUACUGUCUCGUAUCGAACAGAGGGACCUAGUUGUGAAAGCAUGGGCUUAUUUAGACCCAGCCUAUGUGAUUGAGCAGGCCAAAGCCUUAGAUCAAAUCCCACCUGAACAAAGAGGGCCGCUUCACGGUGUCUCGAUUGCUGUGAAGGAUGUUAUGUAUACCAAGCGAAUGCCCACGCAACACAACUCUCCAAUUUAUAAGGGGGAUUCACCAGAGGUUGAUGCAGGCUCAAUAAUUGUUCUCAAGAACGCUGGUGCUUUAUUGAUAGGGAAAUCGGCGACAACGGAGUUCGCAUCAGCUAAGAACGGACCCCCAACAUGCAACCCACAUGACCCUACAAGGACACCCGGGGGCUCUUCUUCCGGGUCGGGCGCUGCUGUUGGAGACUUCCAAGCCGCAAUUGGUCUGGGGACUCAAACAGGAGGCAGCACGAUCAGGCCCGGCUCAUUUAAUGGGGUUUACUCAAUGAAGCCCACUUGGAAUUCGGUUACUCGAGAGGGCCACAAGAUCUACUCGCUGACCUUGGAUACUACCGGAUUUUUUGCCCGCUCAGUUGAUGAUCUUGAUCUUUUGGCUGACGUCUUUGCUCUGGCUGAUGACGAGACCAAUACACGGCGGGCAUUCGACGUGAAAGGUGCUAAAUUCGCCCUCCUACGGACAAUGGCUUGGCCUGAAGCCGGACCCGGAACAAUUGCUGCUAUGGACACUGCAGCUGGGAUACUCCGGCAGCACGGCGCAGAAGUUGAGUCUAUUGAAUUACCUCCUGAAUUCGACAACAUGCCCGAGUGGCACCGCAUCAUCAUGGAUACCGAGGCGCGUCCAGUCUUCCUUCCAGAGUAUCGCAUUGCCAAGGAAAAGCUCCAGCCAUUUAUUGCCGGCCAUGUUGAAAACAGUACAAACAUCAGCAGGGCAGCUCAACUCGCAGCCUUUGAUGGGAUAGCAGCCCUGCGGCCUGUGAUUGAUAAGAUCGCGGGAAGCUAUUCUGCGAUUAUUACACCCAGUGUUAUCGAUGAGGCCCCAACCGGUCAGGAGCACACUGGUAGCCCAGCGUUCAACAUCAUAUGGACUGCACUUCAUACACCGGUCGUUAACAUCCCUGGGUUCAAGGGGGAGCAUGGAAUGCCGAUCGGCCUCUCUUUGGUUGCACCAAGAUUCCAUGACCGGCAUUUGUUGUCUGUUUGCAAGGCAGUGGGUACUAUUUUUGAGGCGGAAGGUGGAUGGAAACGUCAGUGCCAUAUUUAG